UGCAGCUUCUAGAAGAACUGUUUGUGCCUUCCCUUGGUCUUGACUUUGGCCUGCUGCCAGCCACGGUCAAAGACCAGGGUCUCUGGCCUUCCCAGACUGAGCAAGGGAGAGUGUUGAAUCCCCAGUGGUGUCAGUGGUUUGACCGGGGUUAGGGUGCCCAUUCUGGAACCGCCCAACAGGAAGCAGACAGAAGCAGGGAUCGGCACGGCAGUGUUGACGCUCCCCGGGGCCCAAUCCCCAUUCUCCAGCGCGUCGGGGCAGGGCACAGGGGCCACCACUGAAUAAUAAUGCCACCCCCUCGGGAAAUGUCACCACCUUGCAAGGAGACAGGCCAGCGUGGUGUCUUGGUGGUCAGUGGCCGCCCACAGUGACCCACGCAGAGACGUUUGAACGGGUUUACACGGGCCGGAGGGACCGCGCAGCCCCGGGCCCCGUGGCAGGUGUGCUGGUGCACAGACUUCCGGAAGAUGGGGAGCGUCCUGCUCUCUGCUCUUCUGACGUUGGUCUCAGCGCCCUGCGCCCAGGCUGUGUGGCUGGGAAGGCUGGACCUGAGGCAGCUUCUGGGGUCUUGGUACCUUCUCGCCGUGGCCUCCGGUGAGAAGGGCUUUGCGGUGGAGAAGGCCACGAAGGACAUCGAGGGUGUCGUGGUGACCCUUACUGCAGAAAACAGUCUGAAAAUGCUGUCCUCCAGGCACAGGCUGGAGAGGUGUGACGUGGGCACGGUGUUGCUGCGGAGACAGAACUCUGGAUGGGUGUUUGAGAACCCCUCCCUGGGCGUGUCAGACUACCGGGUGCUGGGCACCGACUUCAGGGACUACGCCGUUGUCUUCACCCAGCUGGAGUUCAAGGACGAGGCCUUCAGCAGGGAGCUAUACAGUCGCACGGAGCUGGCCAGCCAGGAGGCUGUGUGCCUCUUCACCAGGUGGAGCAGGGGCCUGGGCUUCCUGUCCCAGCAGCAGGCCGCGCUGCGGCGGGACGUCACCUGCGCGCACAAGGCCUUCCAGUGAAUGCUUCGCCUCCGGUGGGGACAGUGCCCACCGUGUCUGGGCGAGGCCAGCCAGGCGCUGGCAACUUGCUCAGCCACCCAGGUGCUGGGUGCUGGGUGCUGGGUGCUGGGUGCUGGGCAGGUGCUCCCAGGGACUCUUGCUGUGUUUCCAAAUAAAGCGAUUCCACAAACCGCUA